AUGAUUGACAAUAUAAAUUUUAAUUCAUCUUACUUGGAUGUUCCACCAAAACCAAUCACAUCAGAUUUUGUUGAAUUAGGCUACCUAGUUAUGUUGUUUAUGAUUGGUGGUCCACUCAAUCUUGCUGCAUAUACACAGAAUUUUGAAAGAACAACAACCACCCGUCUUGAUAUACUUAAAAGGCAUUUAAAUUAUUCAGAUCUCCUUGUAUUAUUCAUUUAUGUACCAUCACGUGUUUGUUGGUUGGUUACAUAUGAUUGGCGUGGUGGAGAUUUUUUAUGUAAAAUGAUAAAAUUUCUUCAUACUUUUGUUUUUCAAAUAUCAUCUAAUGUUAUUGUUGUUAUUGGAAUUGAUAGACUUCUCUCUGUGACAUCUCAUACAAAUUUAUCUUCAAAGGGUGGCUUAAAGAGAACAAGAAAAAUGUUGGCAUUUGCUUGGAUUAUUGCUAUAUUGUUGUCUUCUCCUCAAUUUACAUUUUGGAAAAAUUAUAUGGCAUUUCAAAAGUAUCAUUGGUCACAAUGUUUAACUAUUUGGCAGAUUCGGGAAAAUGAACUUUUUCUUCAUCUUCAAGAAAAUAUAACAUUUUCUGUUGGUGACUUUAAAUUAGAAAAAGAGUAUAGAGAACUUAAAAACAGUGAAAGUAUUUAUUUAAUUCUCCAUGUUUUAUGUAUUUUUUGGAUACCAGCAGCAAUAAUUUGUAUGUGUUAUAUAAUUGUUUCUAGUUGGGUUUACUUUAACUCAAAACCAUCAUCUACACCAUUUCAAGAUCCAGAAGGUAAUAAAACACAGACAACUUAUCCACAAUCAGGAGGUACAAAUUCAACUGACAUUCAACAACCAUUUAUUAAUUUACCAUUAAAAGGCAAAACAUCAACAACUAUUGAGAGUGGGAAACAAACACUUAUAACAACAUAUUCAUUAUCCUCAACAGCAAAUAAAUCUUUAAAAAAAGAAGUUAAAAGACCUCUUAGAAAAGGAAAAUAUUGUUUGACGGAAAGUCUUUCAGAUUCACAACUUUUUUCAAAAAAUCCAGAUGUUGGUAAGACUAUCUUUAAUUCAACAACAUAUUAUGCAAAAAUAACAAGAUCAAAAGCUAUCAAAGUUAGUUUUCUUCUUAUAACAGCAUACUUUAUAUGUUGGUUACCAUAUAAUGUUAUGAGUAUUGUAAGAUAUCUUUUUCCUAAUAUAUUUGAAGAAACAUCAAAAAAAUUACAUUUUCUUCAUGGAUUUAUUGUUUUUAAUUCUGUUAUUAAUCCAUUUAUCUAUGGUCUUUUUAAUAUUGGUCCAAUGGGUCAUAUAAAAAGUAGUAGGAAAAAUAAAAACCUACAAUUUAAUAUAUAA